AUGAUACUGAGGUCUCUGCUUGAGGCUGCUCCCGACACUAUUACCCGAGUGGGCCUCACUGCUAUAUUUGAGGAUCGGGCGCAUCAUCUGGUGCCCAAGGAGUAUCGGCGUUUGGUGGCCACCCAGAGUUGGCACUGUGUGGAUGAUUAUGUGACAUGGUUUUAUUGGGUGUCACAUCCUUUGAUGACACCCGAUGCUCCCGGAGAUCCACCUAGGCCAGCACAUGAGGAGGUCUUGGAGAACCAGUUGACCGAUAAUGACCAUGCCACUGAUCUCCUGUCGAUAUGCCAGCAGAUACUGAUGCUUGGUCAGGAUGCAUUGGACAUAUGUAUCAUUGAGCAGGGUGGUCCAGAGGUAGUUGCCAUUGUGGAGAGGAUGAUCAGUGACGCGGCCGAUAGAAUCAUUCAACUUAAAAUCAUGAAGGAUGAUAUUGAAGUUUUCCCCAAUAUCAAGAAUGGUUCCACAAGUGCUGAUCCUACUAGCCUCGACGAAAGAAGAAGGGAGGACUUACUGAAAGAAAAUGGUGCUGAAUUGUUUAGGGUUACUAAGGCACAAAAUUUUCAACAAUACUCUACUGAAUUUAAUGGUGGGUAUACAGGGGUCAUAAAAAUGAGUUGGGUUAUUAUUUAUAUAGGUGAUGAGGUUGCCAAUGCUGGUGUGACUGCAAAUUUUCAUAUGGACUACUCUGCAGUCGUUAAAGAGAAGACAUUGUAUGUCAGCUCCUCCAUCCUAGCCGAGAAGAGCUCGUUCUUCUACAAGCUAUUUUCUAAUAGGAUGAAGGAGUCCAAGCAGGCGCACAUCACCGUAAGAAUCACUGCAUCUGAGGAAGCUCCAUUCAUGGAGCUUUUAAAAUUUAUGUACAAUGAUUCUCUAUACGUGACCUCACCACCUAGAUUGAUGGAUAUCUUGAUGGCGGCGGACAAGUUUGGGGUGGCGUCCUGCAUGAGAUAUUGCAUCCGAAUAUUGCUAAACAUCCCCAUUACACUAGAGGCUGCGUUGCUUUACCUAGAUCUUCCUCAUAGUGUCCUAAUGACUGAAGUUGUUUGGCCAUUGGCUAUAGCAGCAAAAAAGUAUCUGGUUGCUCGUUACAAGGAUGUCAUAAAACAUCAGGAGGAGUUGAUGAGAUUGCCACUUGCUGGGAUCAUGGCAUUACUAUCCAGCGAUGAGCUGCAGGUCGCAUCUGAGGAUGUACUAUAUGACUUUGUGCUGAUGUGGGCUCAAACCCAAUACCCUAGUCUGGAAGAGAGGAGAGAAAUUCUAAGAGAAAAGCUUAUCCCCUUCAUCCGCUUCCCAUACAUGACGUUCCGCAGGCUGAAGAUGAUCCGCAGUUGCAAUGACUUUGAAGAUGAAGUCACUUCUAAGCUAGUAUUAGAUGCCUUAUAUUUCAAGGUUGAGGGGCCACAGCAGAACCAAAUGCUAGCGGCGGAAUCGGCUUCCACUAGUCGUUUCUUCAUUGAGCGGUCAUACAAGUACCACCCUAUUAAAGUUGUGGAAUUUGAACAUCCACAACAACAAUGUGUGGUAUAUUUAGACCUAAGGCGGGAGGAGUGCUCCAACUUGUUCCCCUCUGGCCAAGUCUGUUCACGACCCUUCCAUUUAGGCGGUCAUGGGUUUUUCUUGUCAGCGCAUUGCAAUAUGGACCCGCAGAGCUCCUACCAUUGCUUCGGCUUGUGCUUUGGCAUGUAUGAGAAUGACUCUGCGAACUUUAGUGUUGACUAUGAAUUUGAUGUUCGAUCGAGGCCAACCUUAGAUUAUAUUUGCAAAUUUAAAGGAAACUUUAUAUUUACCGGGGGAAGAGAAGCAGUCGGUUUCAAGAAUUUUUUUUCCGCACCAUGGACAUCUUUCAUGGCGGAGGACAACCUCUACUUUAUUAAUGAUGUUCUCUAUCUUAAAGUAGAGAUAAUAGUGAGAAACUUGCAAGAUUAG